AUGGAUGAGUCGAGAGCAGAAAAGUUGAGCGAAAAAAGACGGAAAACGCACGAAAAUAACUCAAAAUUGAAAGAUGAAGAUGGAGACAAAGAAAACAUGGACCCCACAAGACAAACAAAUAAAAUGGAGAAUAAUACUUUGAAAGACAAAGAAAUCAUGGUCAAUAGCUGGUUUAAUAUGGCGGAAAUGGAAAGGGCUCAAAAAGGCGCACCUAUACUCGAAAAACAACUUGGCAGUAAAGACGACCUAGAAAGUCCCAAGCCACAAAAUGUGAAUAGCAGUUUAGAAUUGGAGGAAUCGACUAAUACUAAAGGUGUACAGUCGGUUGAACCAGCACUUGGGGCAAAACCUCAUUAUACUAGAGGGAAAAGAACACAUUUAGAACUGGUAUUCAGCAGUGAAGAUAAACAGCAAUAUUACGCAAAGGAAGAUGAAACUAAUCCAAAUGGAAACGACACUGUUAAGGAACAGAAUAAUGAAGACAGCAAGGAAUCGGAUGGCCUGGUGCAAGAUACUUUGGUCGGUGAUGAUAUAGAAAUGCUGUCACAAGAAGGCGAAUCUCUCGAAACUAUGCUAGAAAAAGACAGAAAUGAGGAAAACCAACAGGAAAUACAAGAUAAUAUGUUGCAGCAAGUCGAAGCAAAUGCGGGCAUACAUCAGGACAUGCCAGUUGAACAAGUAGAUUUAAAGGAAACAAAUCAUCAGGCACAGAAGAGUACUGAUGACACAGGUACGAACCCUUUGAACUUGGCUCAUGAACCUGUGCAGACACAACUACAGGGGAGGAAUGUUGAGGUACAAGAAGAUGAUGGCUUUACAAUGGUCACGCACAAAAAACUUAGAACAAAGAAAAAUAUAUAUUCACAUGAUAGCAGAUCUAGACCGUAUGUAAAUAAUAGACCAUCUAGGGAUGGUCCAUGGAAAAGAAUCGGGGGUUCCAUAAAUCAAGAUGUGGAUAAGUGGCCCUGGGAACCAGAAGACAUUAAAGUUGCUAACGUACCAGGAAACGAAUACACAGUGCAGAAGGGAGCUGCUUUUUUAAAGAAUAAAUCUUUGUUGAUGGCUAUACAGAAGCAAGAAAACGAUAGUGGGGUAAAUAGUGACUUAUAG